GAGCCGCCUCACUGGGUGCCCGCCUGGCGCCUGCGCGCUCCGCCGGCCCCGCCUCGUUCCAUCCCUCCUCAUGCGCUGCCCCAACGGCGGCGGGAGGAGCGCGGGCAGCGCCGAGCUGUCGGGAGUAGGGCAGACUGUGGACCUCAUUUCUGUUGAAUAACCUGUAUCCUGCUGGUCAAGAAACCAGAUUGUUCUUGUUUGUUUGUUUUCCUUCCUUAUUGGAAGAGCACGGUAGUGGCUCCAAGCUCACUUCGAUGUCAGUUUGCUGCUAAUGGGUGUAAGUAAAUUAGAUGUCUUGUACAGAAAGCUUCUCCUCACUAAACUCUUCAUCAGAGGAUGGGGAAAGCCAGAGGAUCUGAAGAGAAUAUUUGAAUUCAGAAAGAUUAUUGGAAACAGGGAAAAAUGCCAGACACUGGUUUCAAAGGAUUACCCAGUUUUUAUUGACAAGGUUGAGGAACAAUCAGACUGUAAAAUCCUUGAGGGGCACUUCAUUUCCCCUUUAGCUCAUUAUGUUCCGGGUAUCCUGCCUGUUGAGUCUCUUGUAGCCAGGUUUCAGUUCAUAAUACCCAGAAGAUGGAACAGCAAGCACAGACCUGUGUGCAUUCAUUUAGCAGGCACUGGGGAUCACCACUUCUGGAGGAGACGCACAUUAAUGGCUCGUCCAAUGAUUAAGGAAGCCUGUAUGGCUUCCCUAUUGCUUGAAAAUCCCUAUUAUGGCUGCAGAAAACCUAAGGAUCAGAUGCGGUCAUGUUUAAAAAAUGUCUCGGACCUGUUUGUGAUGGGAGGAGCUCUUGUUCUAGAAUCGGCAGCUCUUUUGCACUGGCUAGAAAGAGAAGGCUAUGGACCGCUAGGGAUGACUGGAAUAUCCAUGGGAGGACAUAUGGCUUCCCUGGCAGUGACGAAUUGGCCUAAACCAUUGCCAUUGAUUCCGUGUCUUUCAUGGUCAACUGCUUCUGCAGUCUUUACUACGGGUGUGUUGAGUAAGGCAGUGAACUGGAGAGAGCUUGAGAAACAAUAUUAUACACAAACUGUUUACGAAGAAGAAAUCAUUCAAAUGCUUGAAUACUGUGGAACAGAUUCUUUCAAGAUGGGACAAGAUUUUGUUAAAAACUUUCCUGACAACGUGGAUAGUUUGGAGGACAUAGAUGUGACUUCCAGAAUGUUCAGCUUCGAUCCAUCAAACAAGACUGAGUCUAAAGAAGCCGUCCACAGCUUUACCACGAGUAGAAGUACUCUAAGUGCCUCAUCGGAAAGACUCUUAAUGCAAGAUGCUCCUAAAAUUCAGUGCACAGAUCAAACAUUUUCAACCAGUAGCAAUAAAAACUUAACCGUCCAACAGGGACAUAGGAUAAAUAAUAGAACAAAGAGUGACACUUUACAGAGGGAAUCGUUAAUGUUCAUGAAAGGAGUGAUGGAUGAAUGUACUCAUGUAGCUAACUUCUCAGUUCCAGUUGACCCCAGUUUAAUCAUAGUUGUGCAAGCUAAGGAGGAUGCAUAUAUUCCUCGAACUGGAGUGCGCAGUCUUCAAGAAAUCUGGCCCGGAUGUGAAAUCAGGUAUCUGAAUGGAGGUCAUGUCAGUGCCUACCUCUUCAAACAAGGACUCUUUAGGCAAGCGAUUUACGAUGCGUUUGACCGCUUUCUUCAGAAAUAUGCUGUUUAACAGUCUUCAUCAUGGAUUCAAACUGAUCUCAUUCGUAUUUCUGGUUAUUGGAACUCGUCAUUGGAAAAACAAGCCUCUUGCAGUGUUAAGUAGUAGAUGGUUGGUUACUUUGAAUGUUGUAGGUAAUGAAUAUAAAAAACGGUCACGUCCCAAUAUUACUUUCCUUUCAACCAAGCGCCAUUUUGAUAUGCUUCAGCUUUACCUGUGAAGAGCUACAGUAGCCUUUGUUAGUGCACAAAUGGUUCAUGUACUCCAUACUUUAUUGCAUUAUGUAUCAAUUCUGAGUAAAUUCUUAACUGUGUACUGUUGAAAACAACAUAUUGAUAGAAUAUAAAAUUUGCCAUAGGGCUAAGAUAUUGUCUUAUGUUUAGUGUAUUUACAGUUUGUUCCAGCUACCAUGUUUUCCUCUUGCUUCCUUGUCACUUGCUAUUCCUUCUGCAUUUUAAUAUGCCUUGGCCAGCGUUCUGCCUCUUGUGUUUGUCACUGAUUUUUCUCUUAUUAUGAAUUGAAAAUGAACUACAGUGAAUGAGGCAGAAUUAAAUCUUGGCAAAAAGCUUUUAAAAACUGAACAAAAGGUGAGAGAGACAUUUUAAUUCACUGCAUCCAUUAGAUUUUUCUGCUGUUAAAUGGUGCCAUUCCAGAAGACUCAUGUUUUUACAGAGCUGGAAUAACUCUACAUGGAGUGUCCAGUAAUUGAUUUUUUAACAUGCAUUCAAUUGGAGAAUGAAGUUUUUCUAGUAGAUUUUUAAAAAAAAUUGCUAAAGGGAAUAACAGUGUGAUAACUUUUCUUGAUAAACAGUGGCAGAAAGAAUCUGAUUCUAAGCAGUUAAAUCAACAGAUUAUAUGGUGCUAUAAACAUCUCCUUAAAAGCAGGGGUCUUUUUAAAAUGCACUCAGUGCUGACACGCAAAAACACAUUAUAAUAUUGAAGAGUGUUAAGAGCAUAUGUGAGAUUAAGGGUUAUCAAAACAGUCACGUUAGCUUCUUGUAUUGAAGAAGUUUUUAAACUGAUGUAGGGUUAGGAACACAUUUAAGUAAAUCCCAUCUGUUGCUGCUUCUCUUGGGAUCAAAAAUGCCAACAAAUUAAAGUAAAAUUACAGGUCAUCACAAAUCAGCUCUAUGUGGUAGCUGUCUGUAUCUUCGUAUAGUGGUAAUGCAUUGUUCUUUUAAAGCCAUUUUCCGGGGAAGUUGAAAGCAAAAACACUUCAAUAUUAAUUUUAGUACAGUUAUGGCUGAAGUCACACAGAAACGAACAGAAAAAUCCAGGGAUUUCUUGAGAUACAUCAUGUAUGUACCUUUCAAAUCAUACACUUUAUUGAUUUCCAUGGUUACCGUGAUGGUUUUUAAUAGUGCAUGAAGUAAUCAAAGCUCUAUUUGUUCCAGCGUAUUAUCUUGAAUUUCAGUCUGGCAGACAGAGCUGAUAACUGGUAGUAUUACUGGUCAGAUAAGCUGAGAUAAAACUAAUGCAACAGUUUGUGAAAACCAAAGGCAAUUAACAUGGAAGUGCACUGAAAACUGAAAACAAGUGAUAUUCUGUUGGAAGUUAAAUUGUUUGUUGCAAGUGUUUUAUCAUCAUUUCUAUUAAUAUUUUAUGUGUGUUGGGGGCGAGUGUGAAGUGACCAGCAUGUUUCAAAACCUUAAAAUACUGAACUUUGGAAGACUGGGAAUGAUAUAUGUAAGCUCUGAAUUUUAAAAUUAAAUACUUGAAUAAUAAACUGAGAGUUUUAUGGGUUUUACAUUGAUACUAACUCACCUGUCAACUAAGGGUGUUUUAUAAGAAGGCUGACAGCUGUUCACCAAAUCUUUUACAUCUCCGUGGAUGGCCACAUUUAAAUGAAUUUAUGUGCUUUGUCCUGCUUCUAUUGCAGCUGUGAAAGAAAGAGAGGUAACUGGUGGCAAGGGACAGGGCAUGGAUAAACGGAAGAGAAAAAAGAUUAUUUUAUAAGCAUAAAAAAUAAGCAUAAAAAAGUCAAGCUCUCUACACUACAAAUGAAACAUGCCAGCAUAAAUAUUUCUGAAGUGCCCGUUACUAGGAAUUACACCACUGAUGGGAACUUGGCAUCCUGAGGUUAGUGUUCUGAUGAUGUUAUUAAUGAGCUGAACUUUCCAAAAGGGCAUACUAUGCAAUCAAGUAGAGAUGUAUGAAUGUAAAUCCUGUUUCUGAGAAAGACUUUUGAAAGUAGUCAAGGGCUGGUCUCCAACAAUUGAGAAUCACACUUUGCUAUGUAACUAAUGCAGUGUUGCCAAAUAAGAGAGUACAGUAAGAAACAUUUAAAGAAUUUCUCAGGUUAAUAAAAAAAAGGGGGGGGGAAGGAGAGAAAUUAUGCCUGUGGUUCACGUCUGCCAGUUAGCAGACACAGGAGGCCAUUAGCUGCUCUGUGAAGGAGGGAAUAUUGCUGUAUCAAUGUUUUAAUCUUAGGAAAAUUGGCUUUUAAAAGUAAACUCUGUAAGUCCUGAGGAAGUCUUAUUAGCAAACCAUUUCUGAUGUUAAGUGAGAAUGUGAUUUUUAAUCCAGAAACUGCUUGAGAAAAAUACUGGAAUAAGGUUCCUGCAAUAAAUCCCAGUGGCAGGUCAGCCAUUCUGCACAUCUUAAGCUCCCUGUAAAAUUGACCUCGAUCAUUUUUCAGUGUUUAGUUUUUCAAUAAAAAUCCUCCAGAACA